AAGCAAGCAGCUGCCACAUCCUCAUCCUGCUUCUUGUCACGGCACUGCACUGGAGCUGGAAGUUUUUCAGCAAUGUAACUAGGUGGUUCCUGAAAUACUGCUGGAAGGGUUAAGAAGAAGCUACAGCAUUUGUGAUUCUCCUGGUAUUUAGUGUAACAACUCUCAGAAACAAGGACUCUGUGGAUACAUCUGGCUGUCCUACUGAGGAAGCUAUUCUGUUCUGAAUCAGCAUGGGAUAGAGUGCCUAGAAGACGUUCAGACCAAGCACAGCUAGCGCGUCCCUGCUGGUUCUCCAUUCUGCAUCCGUGCAGCCACGUUCUAUUGAUGGCCUGUUGUGAUUUCAAUGGAACAUCAUGGGAUGUACCUGGCACGUCGGGCAGCACUGGAUGGAGGUGCCUUUAGCCCAAUGUACCUGGCAUGUACUGUUAGCUCACUGUUCAGGUGCUCGGUGUCUAGCCUUCUCAUCCAGCCACAAAUCCUCUACGUGAAAUGAGUGAUUCCUUAGAUCUGUUUUUGAUUGAUUCUUUGCUUCACUGGUGUUGCUUCUUAAAAGGUGGUAAAGUGAAGGUGAGAGGAAGAGGAGGUGGAGAUGGAACUGCCAAAUCAUGCCAAACAACUGCUACUGCAGCUGAACCAGCAACGAGCCAAAGGUUUCCUCUGUGAUGUGAUCAUUGUGGUAGAAAAUGCCCUAUUUCGUGCCCAUAAGAACAUCCUGGCAGCCAGCAGCAUGUAUUUCAAAUCCCUUGUCCUGCAUGACAACCUGAUAAACUUAGACACGGACAUGGUGAACCCCACUGUGUUCCGGCAGAUCUUGGACUUUAUUUAUACUGGUAAGCUCUUAACAACUGACCAGCCUGGUGAACAGAACUUUAAUGCUCUCCUCACCGCAGCAAGCUACCUCCAACUGCACGACCUGGCAGCUCUCUGCAGAAAGAAGCUGAAGCGGAACGGCAAGUCCUUUGCUGGCAAGGCCGGUGGCCUUGGUGUUGGGAGAUCUGCCAGGAGUCAGAGACUUUCCACUGCUUCAGUCAUCCAAGCUCGCUAUUCAGGGUCAAGUGAGGGGUUGAAGGGCUCGCACUCAAAGGAGCUGUCAAAGGGAAAGCUCUCUGAUGACGAGGUCUUCAUCAGCAGCUCCAACCAAGAGAAUUGUCACUCCUUAAGCAGGGGAACCAGCAAGAACGGUGGUGGGAGCAGCAGUGCAAAUGGGAGCACUGGUGACCAGGAGCUAGGCCUUGACCUGUCCAAAAAAAGCCCCUCGCUCCCUGUCGCAGCCUCCCACGAUGACACGCAGCACAGCGAAAGCCAGCAAGGCUCUCCCCAAUCUGCCUCAGCCCCUGCAGCCAACAGUGCCUCAUCGUUUGACGAGUCUGGCGUCGGAGCCCCCCACAGCAUGGCGGACAGCAGCGACCCCAUGGAGAUGGAUCUGAGCGAGGAGUGCCACCACUCACUGAGAGAGGGCAGCCAGCGCAAGGGCCUCCGGCACUCGUCCCGCAAGAAGGAGUGGAUCAAGAAAGACAACGCCUUUGACCGAAAGGAAGGGAGCAAAGACAGGGACGAGGGUGAAGGACUGCCCAAUGGUAUCCUGCUGGGGCCCUUGUCCAAGUCUGUGGAGAGGAGUCUGGCUGGGGCCUACGGGGCAGACCUGCCCUACCCAUGUAAGGAGGAGGUAGAAAACGGUAAGGAGAACAGUGAUGACAGUGGCCAGAGUGAGAGUGAGAGUGGCGGCCAUACCAGUGCCAAUUAUGUCUACCGCCAGGAGGGGUUUGAGCCAGUGGCCUAUGGUGACAACCUGUAUGUCUGUAUCCCCUGUGGAAAAGGCUUCCCGAGCUCUGAACAGCUCAAUGCCCACGUGGAAACGCACACCGAGGAAGACCUUUACAUCAAGGAGGAAGGCACAUACGGCAGCAAGGAUGAAGCUGAGGAUUUGUCCAACCCCAAUCAGUCCUACGCUGCGGAGUCCCGGCCCUUCAAGUGUUCAGUGUGUGAGAAGAGCUACAAGGAUCCAGCCACGCUGCGGCAGCACGAGAAAACUCACUGGCUGACACGGCCCUUCCCUUGCAACAUCUGCGGCAAGAUGUUCACGCAGCGAGGCACCAUGACACGGCACAUGCGCAGCCACUUGGGGCUCAAGCCCUUUGCUUGUGAGGAAUGUGGGAUGCGCUUUACCCGACAGUACCGACUAACAGAGCAUAUGCGUGUCCACUCAGGAGAAAAACCUUACGAAUGUCAACUGUGUGGUGGGAAAUUCACCCAGCAGCGCAAUCUGAUCAGCCACCUGCGAAUGCAUACCUCUCCCACAUAAGCCAAAGACUCCAGAAUGAGCUUCAAGCCCAUCCGCAGUGAUUUACCUUUCUGUAGACUUGCUGCUUAAGAAAAAAGAAAAAAAAACAAAACAAAAAAGGGGGCAACUCCCCAUACUCUGUUCAGUCAUGAGAGGCCUAAACAAAUGUAGCUUUAGCAUUUUAAAAAAAGUUCUUUUUUUUCCCUUUUUUUAAAAAAAUAAAGGUCCACAGCCAAGCUGAUGCAUUUAGUCCCAGUCUCCCCUCAAAUUUUGAUGACCUGGCAAGAAAUACAUCUUCUUUUUGCACACAUCGACUUCAUUGCCAUAUUGCUGAUCUGGAGCAGGUAGGGGGACCUUGGGGAACUUUCAUCCUUUGCUGGCUCCCCACUCCUUGCCUCUUCCUGUGUUCCUGUCACUGUACUCACCUCCUCUCUUAAAACCAAACUCAUUAGGAGUAUUUCUUGCCAUUAAAAAGAAAACAAAGUACACCUUUUCAAUGGCCCAAGUAGCUGUGAAAUAACAGCAUUCUCAAGUGCAGAAGCUGUGUCUGUGGACCAUCUCACAGGGUUGGCAGUCCCUCCAGAGACUGUGGGAAAGCCACAGCAGUGGUGGAGCCUACCCCCGUCCCCUGGGCUGGUGAUGGUGGGGGGAGCAGCUCCCAGGGCUGCACCAGCCCCAGUACUUCACUUAAAGAAAUGGCGAAGCCUCCCUUACCAUCCCUCUCCAUUUUGUUUUCAAUCUUUGUCCUUGGCACACAUAACCACGUGCCACCUUCUCCCAUAAAACACACAAACCUCUUUUGCCUUGCCCAUGACUGAACAGGGACUGGAUGCCCUGGGAAUUUCUUUCAGUGAGCAGGGGGUCGUCUUUACUUUUCUAGUAGUUUCGUAUGAAUAUUCUUUGCUUAGAGGUACUUGUUUUAUUAAAGGAAAAACCAUUGUAACGUUUAUGUGAAUGUUUGAACUGGAAGGUCUGAGGUUA